AUGGCGGCGGGUGUGGUGGGGCAGACCGCGGAGUAUAUUAAGGCGGGCGCGGCGCUGGCCAAGCACAGGCGCCGCAAUGCACACCGCCGUGGUCGCUCUGCUGCUGGUAGCAGCUGCUGCCUGCAUCAAUGCAGCCGCUCUGCAAGCGGCAGUGCCAGUGGUAGCCAGUCUUCCAGCAGUUCUCAGAGUGGCGCUGUAGGAGGAGGGAAAGGCAGCGGAAGCAUCAGUGGUAGCCAGUCUUCCAGCAGUUCCCAGAGUGGUGCUGUAGGAGGAGGGAAAGGCAGCGGGAGCGCUAGUGGUAGCCAGUCUUCCAGCAGUUCCCAGAGCGGUGCUGUAGGAGGCGGGAAAGGCAGUGGAAGCAUCAGUGGUAGCGAGUCAUCCAGCAGCUCCCAGAGUGGUGCUGUAGGAGGAAGUGGCAGCGGAAGUGGUAGUCAGUCUUCCAGUAGCUCCCAGAGCGGCGCUGUAGGAGGAGGGAAGGGCAGCGGGAGCGUCAGUGGUAGCGAGUCAUCCAGCAGUUCCCAGAGUGGCGCCUUCGGAGGUGGCUACGGUGGCAUGAGUGGCAGCGGCAGCAAGUCUUCGAGCAGCUCCCAGAGUGGCGCCUUCGGAGGUGGCUACGGUGGCAUGAGUGGCAGCGGCAGCAAGUCUUCCAGCAGUUCCCAGAGUGGCGCCUUCGGAGGUGGCUACGGUGGCAUGAGUGGCAGCGGCAGCAAGUCUUCGAGCAGCUCCCAGAGUGGCGCCUUCGGAGGUGGCUACGGUGGCAUGAGUGGCAGCGGCAGCAAGUCUUCGAGCAGCUCCCAGAGUGGUGCCUUUGGAGGAGGCUAUGGCGGCCUUAGUGGCAGCAAGAGUUCGAGUCAGUCAGCGUCCGAGAGCGUCGGCUACGGCCACAGUGGCUCCGUGUCGGGCAGAUAG